GUGUGUUCAUUUUUGUGUCAAUUUAGGAACUCUUCAUCCGGUCGGUACGAGGGAUGCGAAGCAUCAAAGUACCAACUCGGUAGUGAGUGCUGUUGCUCUUGUGGCCUGAUUAUCCGUUUUAGGUGCGUUGUUCUCAUCCGUACUGAGUCUGUAGGAGAGAGUAUUAUUUAGGAAAGUGUUGGAAUCUGUGCCAAUGAGGCCCAUCAUGAACGAGAGGUGGUUUGCGAUCAAGAGCAAGUCAUAUCCUACUAUCUGUUUCCGAGCGUUGCCAAUGCCAAGAAAGAUAAGUCUGAGACAUAGAGUUGCCAAUCACUGUCCCGUGAUCUACUUGAUACUCACACGACUUUCCCUGCCCCCGCUUCCUCUGAACGAUUUGAUUAUCCUUGUUUAUUGCCAACAGGAAGUUCUGGUGUACUAUUUCUUGCCUCAGGAAAUACUACGGAUUGAUAUAGUUAUAAAGAAGAAGUUAUAGAGAUUUCUGGGAUAUCUCACGGCAAUAAGGUUUUAAUAUCGAGAUUAUCUUUCUUACUGUUCCAUCACUUCACUUUCUUACUGUUCCAUCACUUCACUUUCUUACUGUUCCAUCACUUCACUUUCUUACUGUUCCAUCACUUGUGCAGAAAGAUUCAAAUUGGCAGUCAUAUCACACGUGCAAGUUCUCGAGAUCAUAGACACACAGAGGUCAUAGACACACAUAGGUCCAAAUGGGAGGUAAAGAACCUGUUAUGGAGCUUCCUAGGAAGCAGACACAGGAGGGAGCAGGCUCGAGGCGCGUUGGUAAAAUUUUUGUACAGUCCCCUAGCGAGUACUUCGAUGAACACUAGCAGCUAGUUUUUUGCAUAUAAUGAGUUGUUGGAUCACUCUAACUUCACUACAACAACAAAACGUUCAAGUCUUUCCCAACCGAUCUCAAGCUUUUCCCACCACCACCCACUUACAGACCCCGAAGAGGAAAAGUUAAGGGACUUGAGCAAUGCUAUUGUGCACAGUUCAGAAUUCAAGCAGAUGUCGGGUUUCGUUCGGGAGUGUCACGAAGAAGAAACAAAGAAAAUAGAAGAAUGCAGAGGGGAGAUUGGUAAGACUUAUUUCAAGUCGUCAGGGAAAUCUUAGGCAGGAGAUCGAUGAAUACACUCCCACCAUCAUUACUUUCUUGAGGUUAUAUAUAUAUAAGGUUAUUAUUUUCUCAAGAAGUCUAAUCAACCACUAUCUAAUCUAUACCAACCACCACAACCAAAAAAACAGAAAAAGUUCCGGACAGCACCCUAUUGAAGUACAGACGAGGACUCAAAAGAAGUACGAGUAGGCUGCUUCAGGACUUGAAUAUGUACGAUAUCGCGACAAGAGAGGGGAACAAGAAGCGGGUAGCACAUAUGGAGAGGUCCGCUCCAUGGUUUCAAGCAGGAUACAAGCCAUUGUCGAGUACAUACGACCUUUGAUUUUUGUACUGUGGUUUGGAAUUUUUUUGUUCUAGAAAGAUUGGCUGUGACUUACAGUUCUUUGUCUGCUGCGUCACAGUUCUUUCGUUCAGCUGUUAGGACAAGCAUCGAGCAUUACGCUUUUACGUUUAUAGUCUCUUGAUCACGAUCAUUACUUCCUACACCUUUUGAUGGUGUUAUAGUCUUCUCAUUGCUUUCUAUUGUUCCCAAAUUCCAGGUAUAUCAAAGAACCCAUCUGCUCCGGCAUUUCUUACCUUUAGUGCCGAACAAGCCCCCGGCGCAGGAAGUCAGAGGGUGUUCCAUAAGAACACUCUCUAUAUCCGCGAACCAAAUACAUACAAGGAUCCAGCAUCGCGCAAGGUUAAUUACUCGCUGUGCGUGCAGCUGGAGGAGCCCCCGAUCUAAGAAAUCUUCUCGAAUUAUGCUGCAUAAUGUCAUAGCUCCAUGUAAUAAAUUCAGAAAUGGAUUCAUCUUGAAACAUGUUGCACCGUGAUAAAUACCUAAAUACCUGCUAUUCUAAAAUCCGCAUACCUGUAGAAACGCAAAAGAAGCGAUUUGUCAUAGCCGCAUUCAAGACAAUUACCGCAUUCAACACAAAAGUCACUAUGCCUAAAUACGGCAAUUACGUCAUCGCAUACCGUACAAACGUUAAGUCAUUGCAAGAGAACCGCAAGUCUCUAUGACAUCGAACAAUUGGGCUUGCUCGCGCCAUAGAAGAGGAUGUAGUGGUUAUAGUUUUGUACAUACGCAUCCCUUCGUCGGAAAAUUGUUGCUUCUGGCGAUCAGCGUGAAUCAAUGAAUGAAAAUUAUAUGAGCUGAAAAGAGGAACAUACUCGCUCAACACACAUUCUCUUGGGAAAGAAAACCUUACAUAUUCAC